GUUAUAUAUUUUUAAAAUAUCUGCACACGCCGGAUUUUUACCUCUAGUCUAAUUAUUAGUAUAAUGCUCUCGAUUGAUUUGAAAUUGUUAUGUUGUGAUUCUAAAUUGUUCGCGGCAUUUUCAUGGCGUAAAUAUGCUUACCGUCAUUCUUAUCUACAUUACAUGUGAUUUUUUAUUAUAACCAAAAAUUAAAAAUAUUAUCAUUGGUCAGCAAUGAGAUUAAAAUUUUAAUUCAAAGUUAGCAGUUUUGUCUUUACUCUCAGUGAGACGCUUUGUUAAAAUUACUUGUUUAAAUUGUUUUUGAUAGUUUUUUACUUGUUUUUUUAGAUUUAAUCGUUUUGAUUAUAUACCUCUAAACAAAUAUGGAAGAAGAAAACUGGGAUGAGUUAUCUGGAGUAAAUAAUAUACCAGUAAUUCAAUCAAAUGAUUAUUAUGAAAAUAAUGGAGACUAUGAUAGCCAUAAUUAUGGAGCUGGUUUAUGUGAACCAGCUGAUAAAAAUGAAUAUAACAAUGAGGAUUAUGACCAUUUAGAACAACAUAAAACUUAUGACUCUUGGGGUAAUACAAUGAGUUCAGGAAAUGAUAACCAUCAAGUAAAUGGUUACGCAAAUGGAGAAUCAUGGGGAAGUAAUGGUUAUAAUUAUCAAUGUAAUGAAAAUGGUGAUCAUAGAGAAAGAAAUGGUAGUAAUUCGAGAUAUAAUAAUGGGUAUAGCACCCAACACUAUAGAGAUGAAAGUAGAGGAUCAGGGUUUCGAGGAAGAGGUCGUGGUCGUGGUCGUGGCCGUGGCCGUGGUAGAGGUCAAGGUACAAGUAGAAACUAUGAACAUAAUUCAAACAAUGAUUACAGCAAUAAUGAAGAAUUAGAGAAACCUGCAAUACCAAAACCAACAUAUAUUCCUCCUGAUCUUGAAGAUAUUGAUGAUUCUGUUGUAACUAUGGUUGCUGGUUUAAAUUUUGAUAAAUAUGAAAAUAUUGAUGUGAAAGUUAGUGGUAUAAAUGUACCAAACCAUAUUACUACAUUUCAAAAUUCUGGUUUACGAGAAUUGCUCUUAGAAAAUUUAAAAAGAUCAAAUUAUACUGUACCAACACCCAUUCAGAAGUAUUCUUUGCCCAUAGUUCUUGAAGGGAGAGAUAUGAUGGCAAGUGCACAAACAGGUUCUGGUAAAACAGCUGCAUUUGUUCUACCUAUUUUACAAAGUUUAUUGAGUGAUCCUUCGGAUUUAAUAUUUGAUUAUGACCAUUGCGAACCUCAAGCAGUUAUCAUGUCUCCUACCAGAGAACUGACUAUUCAAAUAUGUGAGGUAGCUAAAAAACUAAGUAGAGGAACAAUAAUCAAAUGUGAACUUCUUUAUGGAGGAACUGCAACCUAUCAUCAAAAAAGCAAAAUUUUGAAAGGAGUACAUAUUGUUGUAGCCACACCAGGACGUUUGAAUGAUUUUGUUAACCGUGGUUUAGUAACUUUUCAAUCAACUCGCUUUUUUGUACUAGACGAAGCAGAUCGAAUGUUAGACAUGGGUUUUAAACCAGAAAUAGAGCGUGUUUUGCAUCACCAUACUAUGACUCCAACAACAGAAAGACAAACUCUUAUGUUUUCAGCAACAUUACCAAGUGAAAUUCAACAAAUGGCAUGUAUGUACUUAAAAUCAGAUUAUGUAUUUGUAGCUGUAGGCGAGGUUGGUGGAGCUUGUAAAGAUGUAUCACAAGAAGUGCUGCAAGUAAAAAAAUUUGACAAAAAACAGGUUUUAACAGAUAUAUUAGAAGAAUUAGAUGACUGUCAAGGUACUAUUGUAUUUGUGGAGCAAAAAAGAAAUGCUGACUUCAUUGCAACAUAUUUAAGUGAAAAAGAUUUUCCAACAACAAGCAUUCAUGGUGAUCGUGAACAACCAGAACGUGAAAAAGCCCUUAGAGAUUUUAAAACUAAACGAAUGAAAAUUCUGGUAGCCACAGCUGUAGCAGCACGAGGCCUCGAUAUAACUGGCGUUUCCACUGUUAUAAAUUUUGAUUUACCAAAAACUGUAGAUGAAUAUGUACAUCGAAUUGGUCGUACUGGAAGGCUUGGAAAUGCUGGUCGAGCUGUUUCAUUUUUUGAUCCAGAAUAUGAUCAAGCUUUAGCCCCUGAAUUAAAAAGAAUUCUUCAACAAGCUGAGCAAGAAAUUCCAGAAUGGUUAGAUAAGUUUGGUGGUAUAGCUGCAGAACCCAAUAUGCAAUUUGAUGACAUUAGAGCGGAUGUAAAUUCUGAAAAUGUAAUAAAAAAUGAAGAAGAAGAAGAGGUAUGGUAAAAAUGAUAUAUGAUUAUGUAUUUAUUUAAACAGAAGUAUUUACUACUUUUUUUUUGGUGUUAAAAUUUUAAUAGUGCCUUUUAUAAUUAUUAUUACUAAAAAUAUUUUAUUUUAUAAAGGAAUAAAAAAAAAAAAUUAACAAUACUUCUACAAUAAAUAUUUUGUAUUAUAUAAAAAUAUUUAGUGUAAACAAAAUUAUUGGUCUCUUUUAUUUGAUUGAAUUUAUUAUAUAUUUAAACAUAUUUUUUUG